ACCCGCCGGGCGAAAGGACGAGCUCGUCUGGAGGUGGCGGCCGCCGGGACUCCGGAAGCUCGCUUUUCACCCGGAAAUGGUUUUUGAGGAACAUGGCGUUGCUGGUGCGGGUCCUUAGGAAUGGGAUUAACAUCUCCCAGUGGUCUCCAGUAUGCAGCCGAUUGGUACCCCUGUCUUCUACACAAGGGCUCUGGAUCAGGGCUCUGACUGGCACUUCCCAGUGGCUCCAGAUGAGCCAGUCCCUAGUACAGGUGCCCGGACUAGACAUACAGCUGAGUAGGAAGUAUCACACCACAAAUAAGCUUUCUACUACCAAGGAUUCCCCACGGCCUGCUGAGGAGAAGGUUGGUGCCUUCACAAAGAUAAUAGAAGCCAUGGGGUUCACGGGACCUUUGAAAUACAGUAAAUGGAAGAUUAAGAUUGCAGCCCUGCGCAUGUAUACUAGCUGUGUGGAGAAAACUGACUUCGAGGAAUUCUUUCUGAGGUGUCAGAUGCCAGAUACAUUCAAUUCGUGGUUUCUUAUAACUCUGCUUCAUGUCUGGAUGUGUCUAGUCCGAAUGAAGCAGGAAGGCCGGAGUGGGAAAUACAUGUGUCGUAUCAUAGUUCAUUUUAUGUGGGAGGAUGUUGAGCAACGUGGCAGAGUCAUGGGGGUGAAUUCCUAUAUCCUGAAGAAGAACAUGAUCCUUAUGACAAAUAAUUUCUAUGCAGCUAUUUUGGGAUAUGAUGAGGGGAUCCUUUCAGAUGAUCAUGGGUUGGCUGCUGCCCUCUGGAGAACGUUUUUCAACCAGAAAUGUGAAGACCCUCGACAGCUUGAACUGUUGGUGGAGUAUGUAAGAAAACAGAUGCAGUACCUGGACUCUAUGAACGGAGAGGAUCUGCUUCUGACAGGGGAGGUGAGCUGGCGCCCUCUAGUGGAGAAGAAUCCUCAGAGCGUCCUGAAGCCUAAUUCCCCAACUUAUAACGACGAGGGUCUUUGACGGUCUUGUUCCUCCAAACUGCUGGCCAGCUAGCUUUGAGGAACCACCGGGGGAGAGGUGACUGUUGGCUCAGGAACCUACAGAAAGUGACCUGAACUGACCUCUAACAGCAUCUGUCAAAUACCUGGCCCUGGUUGUGUUGAUUUUCCUCUUAGGAUGCCCAAGAGUAUGAUCUGGUGGGGUUCAGUGCUGGGAAAAUGCUUAGCGCUUCUCCCUCAAGAGAAGCCUUGAGCAAGAGCCCCCCAGCACAUAUUCCCUAAAUCUCCUAUAGCAACCAUAUUAUUGAUAGCUUUUUCCAAAGGCCAAAGGGAUGGGGCUAAGUUAGAAAGGGGCACUCACCCCCACACCCCCCCAAAGGCCCAUUGUGGCCUAGGAGCCUUUGUAAUGCUGCUGAGUCAAGAAAGGUAACCCAGCUCGUCCUCCAACUUUGAACUGUGGGGUUGAAUUGGCCAUUAAAAGAAACAGAACCAUGUCUUUGCAUGGCUCUUUUUUUAUUCCAGGGUCUUUUAGAAACUUAUCUGAGUUGGCAGUUGCCAUAAAUUGAGGAGCACACUGCCCAGCUCAGUUAGAGGCAGGGAGGAAGAGAGGGUCAGGAGGUCUCUGCUGCUAUUUUUGCCUCCACCUCGUGUAGAUAGCACUCAUCUGGCCAAGGCACAACCUGCCAGGUCCUGUCCUCUGGGACCCAGGAAGCCUCUCAUGACCAAGGGACUUGUUAUAUCCUAAGUCAUUUGGAAAGAGGACUCAAGAACAAAGGGCCCUUUGCCACCCCCCACUGAACUGCAGGUGAGGGACAUGCUGUCUUCCCUGUUUUGGCUCCCCCUUAUAUGAGAUUUUGUGUGAAAAAAUAACAUUCUUCCUGGCUUAGUUAUACCUAAGCUACUACCCAGGCCUAUGCCCAGCUUUCUAUGCCCUUCCCAACUUGUGCUGCAGAGCCCCCUGGUCUGAGCACUCGAGGAUCGGUCCCCUCCUCCCUCUGAGAUUGGGUCAUCUCUUAGGGGAUUUUCUUUAAAUUUAAGAAAGGGGGCGGGGAACCAUGUUGCCCUUCCUUUCCCCCAUCAAACUUUGUUCAUUUAACUUGCUAUAAAAUGAGUCAUAUAAAGAAACUCUAUAUGGGUGAGGUAUAUCCCACUUCUGUGAAAACAUUACAAAUCAAACCGCCUUCUCUGAGUUUAUUUAAGAUGCUUUUGUUGCAAGUGGAGCUCUAGAGUGAAGCCUCCUCUGUGUGUGUGAGAUAAUAACACCUUGUAACUCAUUACAGCUGGGCACUAUUUACAUAAACCAGAGCUGAGCCAGGCAGGAAUUUGCUGAUUAAUUUAUUUUUAAUGGAGUGAAGUAUACCAUGCACCAAAAUAAACUUUACUGUGUGUACCUAACUGCUCCUGGAAUGGAUGGAAAAAUUAAUGGAACAGAUUUUGGCUCCCAACUCUACACAUUAAUUCAUAUAUAAAAAUUAUUUGAGCCUUAACCCAUUUACUGCCCAAGGCAGCUCCCCGACCACAGAUCCCAGCCCACAGCACCAGUUUAGCUACUGGGCUUGCUUUAGAAUCAUGGAAUCUCUAGUUUGGAAGGAACUUGAGAAGUUGUUUGGUCCAGCCCUUGUCCAGAUCUUGACUCUCCUUCUCAAUAUCCAGUUGGCCUAUGUUUGUAUAGGCCCUGUAUGAAUACUUCCGCCUGGAGAGCCAAGUCCUGUCUACAAACACUGCAACUCAUAAUAUAGUACUUCAUUUCAAAGAGCCAAAUUGGAUUUAUCAUGUCUGCGAUGUUCCAAAGCCCUCACUUCCUGACCAUCAGCAUCAUUACUGACAGCCCUCCACUCCCCUUCAAGAUAAAAUCUGACUCCUCAGAGGCUGCAAGACCCUUCUUAGUUUGACCUCUGCUCCAUUUCCAGCUUGUUUUUAUGAGUUUCUAACCCAUUUUUUCUCUGAGCAAACUGAAGCACUUGGGUUACCUGAAAAGACCAUACUGUUUCUGCUCCUGGAAUCUUUGUUCCCCCUCUUCUGAGAAGAACCCCCAUGUGUCCUCAAAUGCCCUCUCUCCUGUCUAUCCCAGCUGUUACCCCCUCCUUUGGUGGUAUCCUAUUCUAGCCCUGCUGGCACUUACCUCAGUGAAACUGUUUCUCACAUCCCAGCCCUCCGUCCUUUGCCGUGAGCUCCUGCACUGUGGGCCCUGUCCAGGUCAGUCAUCUUUGUUUUUCCAGUGCACAGAGUAGGGAGUAGGCACCAAUGUAAAUGAUAAAUGAAAGAAGGAAGCAAGGCUAUUAGUAAUUAUCACUACGAGCCCAACAAAAAAGCCUCUUUCUGGGCCAUUCUCUCCAUCUGACCUGCAGUUCAUCUGAUUUUAACAAUUAAGUAUGAAUUGCCUCCUUUGGCCGUCUCAUAAGAAUGAAAGUCAUGUGUUUUUUUUACAGCUGAAUGCUUUUCUAGUGAAAUUGUUAUUAGACCAGACAAGUGAAGGACAUGGUUUCUUGCCCUGGGGAAGACUGCUCUCUAGGAAUAACUUUAUCAUUUAUUUGUACUCUGUAUAUUUCCAGAAAGGAUCACAGCAAAAUAAGAGACCCAAUUAUAAUAAAACUGCAAAAUGACUAAAACAAAGUGUAAAAGAUGCAAGUAUUGGGAAGGAAGAGGAGAAAAGAAUCAUGUUAGAAAAACUAGUCUGCUAAUAGCCAACUCGCAUAUAAAGUAUUUUAAAUGUAUUAUCUCAGAAUAGUCUUGUAAAUUAAGUGUCCUUGUCAUUAUUACCCCAUUUACACAAGUGAGGGAAUUAAGGCUCAGAGAGGCCUGGAGGGUCAUCUAGGGUGAGAAGGGGCCAAGAGUAUCCCAGCUCACAUUUUCCUACCCUGGUUUCUCUGCUCUUUCCCUAUCCCACAAUGCUGCCUACAGGUCAACCAGGAACCUGCAAGUGAGUAUAAAAACUUGCUCUGAGUUUCCUGACAGCCAAAGAUAGAAAUAGGAAAGGCUGAAAGUUAUUUCCAUUGUCACAUGAAAAGUGCACUUCAUUCGUAAGAAGAAACCAAUGUUUUCCUUACUUGGGAAGAGUAUAUUAGAAGGAUAUGAAAUAUCCUUUAAAUAUGAAAUUUAAAUAUGAAAUACUGAACAGUGAACAGCACCUCUCAGAUUUCAGGUUUGACUAAAAAAUUAGAAGUAAUAAAGAAUUGCUAUAUUUUAUGUCAAGCAGAGAUUAAAGCUCAGGCCUCAAUUCGGCAAAUAUUUUUCGCCCUUCUUCUCUGUGCCCGACGCAGCUUGGUACUUUCACUUGUUAUCUCCCUUAAUCCUCAGUGACAAUUCUGUAAGGUAAGUGUUACUAAACUCCUGAUACAGAUGAGGAAGCUGACACUCUGGGAAGCUAGUACUUAACCUUGCAUGUAGACUCUGGUGGUUCUGAUGCCCAAGUCCAGUUUUUAGUUCUGGAAAAGGAGUACUAGUUGGGGGAAAGGACAGCUGUACCAUAGUUUAAAAUUAAAGGAAAUCUGAAGCAGUAUUCCAGCCCAGGGGCUUGUGCAGGCACAUAUACAUACUACCGGAAAAAUCAAAACAUGAGCAUUAGAAACUGGAGGAGCUUGGAAGGGAGUCAGGACAUAAAAGAUGGGCAAAGACUAGGGAGGUAAGAAAACAGGGAGUGCAGACCUGCCCUGAGGAGGCAGGAACAGGAAGUUCUUCAGACUGAAGUGAACCAACUAAGUUGCUUAGCGAAAAUGGUUGCAGAGACCCAGGCGGGGCCAUGGGUAAUGUACCCGACAGGCAGCAGGUUGCCCCCCUUGUUCUUGGUAAGGACCGAGUGAAGAUGCACAGCAGUGCUCAGUGGAUUGGCUCCAUCAGGAAGGGAUUCUAGCCAUUCAGGCUUGAUUGUGGGAAUUCAAGGGGACGUUCAACCCCCCGAGACAUUUCCUUAGGAAAAAAAGUCAUCAGGACUUGAUGCCUUACUACAUGAGGAACCUGAAGGUCAUUGAGUUCUCUUGGGAGCGGGGAGAUGGCGAUAUCUGGCAGAAGAGGGGAGCUUGAAAGGAAUCCUCUGUGUUGUUCCUUCCCACAAAGGACUCAUACAGGAGAUAGGGAGGGGUUAUUGCCCCUCAUGCAAUAAGGAAACCAGUCCAAUGAGAGGAAACCAUUUUGGUGCAGGGGAUCCUGUAGCAAGGUGAAUAGUCUUAUGUCUUCCAUCCCAUUGCUUUUGGUGUACCUUGGUUAGAUCUGGUGGAAGACGGGCUUUGGACAAUAAAGAUGCCCAAGCAGGGCAAGAGCCUAGGCCAGGACUGGACCUUAGGGGAUGAUCAGGACUGAGGACUAAGUUUUGUCCUGGCUAUUGAAGGGACAUUUGAAAUUAGGAGACCGGCUGAGUUCGCAAAGGUGAAGUAUAGAGUGUAGACCAGGGAUAUGGGUAGGAGGAGGAGGGGUGAGCACCCAGAAAGCCGGGAGGAGCAUGUGUGAUAGUGUAGAAAGAGCUGGGACCAGCAUAGUAGGUAGACUCUUGAGUGGGAGCCAAGAGAGAUGAGCCUUCUGGAAGGAGGAGGGUUUUAAUGCUGCAUAGUGCAGAGAAUAGAGACCAGGAAGUAAGUGAGCCUUAAUGACUAGAUAAUUCCAGGAACAAGAUUUUUGUGAAAAUAAAAAUUGUAAAGGGUUAAGAAGGUGGGGUUGUGGUAUCUUGGGAAAUGCCAAGCUAGAAGAAAUGAAGAAAAAUUAGGAUUAGGAGAGCAGAAUGAAAACUAAAGCAUUUUCAGCAUGGGGAAAAGCUGGGGAUAUGUAUAGGGGUGGGGAGAAGUCUGAUUAAAUGUUAAAAGCACUUAAUGGAAACCUUUUAUAAAUCUUAGGAAUCAUUAGAUCCCUGUGGAAAUGGAAGCCUGGUCUUGAGGACAAGAGCCUGGCUUCGGAGGGAAGAAGGUGACCUUUUCCUGAAGCCAGAGAUUGGGGGACAGAUGGAGGGACAAGGGAUUUCUGAGAUGAUAGCUGGGAGGGGAGAAAGAGCUCGUGCUGACCUCAAUGCCAGGGAAUCUAGAGUGUGUCAGCCAUUAGGGUAAAGUGGGAAAGGGGACCUGGCAGGUUUGCGGGCAGAAAGGACAGCCCCACAGUGAUUGAACUCUUCCUCUGGGAGUGGCUUUCCCGUACUUGUGACUGUUUUUGCCCACUUCUACUCUGCCCCCACUGCCAGAUUUCAGGGGCCUGGCCAUGAUCCUCUACCCACUUACCCUGGGUAACCACCCAUCACAGAUUUUCUAUGGCUUCCAGGGCACUUCUUGAGCCAUGCUGGUGAGCCUGAGAUCCAGACUCUGCCCUGGUCGAGGAUCCCCCAUCUCUCUCCUGAGGGCAGAAAAGGGUGCAAGCAUCCUGGAGAUCCUGACUGAGGAAUUUCUGAGUCUGACCUGUGAUGUCAGAUUGAUAGGAUACAACUGACCCCAGCCCUCUCAGCUUACAGAUGGGGCCCCAGAGACUCACUCAAGGUUAUAUACCAGGAACUAGAACCCACUGAUCUUGCUGGCUUGCUCCUUCCCACUUUUUUUCUCUCCCCACCAUAGAGAAACAGCCUCUUUACUUCCCAGUCACUCUGAAAUACUGCAGUAGGGCUGUACCCUGCUUGAAGGGUGAGGGGUGGGGAUAUUUCCUCUAAGGGUCCGGAAAGGGUCAUGAGCUCUAAACCCCAAGCACUUGGUUUAUACCGUGGCUUAAUCUGUGGCUUAUAAUUAUUUAUGAGUCAGCUGUCCCACUAAACUAUGAGUUCCUCCAGGCAGAGGCAAGUCUUACUCGUCUUUGGGCCCACAGUGCUGGCCUAAAGUAAAUAAAUGUUGGGUGGAUUGGAUGGCCCGAGAGGGGAUGGGAUGGGAGAGGGAAGGAGAGGUGACUGGAUUAAUAAUGUUGGGAGCUUAAGGGUCAAUGGAUAAUAUCCUUCUCCUCCCAAGUUCUGAGCAAAUUAAGAAAUAAGACACAAGGACAGAAAUCAAAACAGUGGCUUUACCCAUAUUUUUACUAAAGCUGAUUGGAGGAGGUAGCAUCCGCUUUCUGUUCAGAUGGAGUUGUUAAUAUCCUCCCCAAAAUAAACAUGCCCCAUCCCUAAAAUUAGACCUCUCCCUAUUGGGGGCAGAACCUUCUCUGGAAGUUACCAUAUAGAUCAAUGGAGAAAUAAGUCAGCUUUGUGUCUAUGGGAGAGGGAGACCCAUAAAGGCUUGAAUCCAGCUCCUUCCUAAGCCACCAAUCAAACAAACUAGUCCUCCUUCUCUGGGGAUGGAGUGAGGAGGCAGAAAAAGGAGUCGUCUCCUUUCCUCCCUGAGAGUGGGGUGGGAAUUCCCUCCCUUAUGUAAACCCAAAGGACAACUUGUCCCCCACUAUCAUUUGGGAUAUGAGAGAAGAGGUGAGACCCCCACGAUCACAGUGUCUACAGUCUAACCCAGGCACAGCCUUACUUUUCCAAAAUAAGUAUGCAAAAACUCAUUAUGUUUCCAUAUGCUGGAGGUGCAAAGGCAUCUAUGUAUGCUGAGUGGACAGCAGGUCUUGCCUCCUGUGAGGUGAGCUAAGGCCAAAUAUCAGAGCCACACUGCUGACACAGCCCAUGUUCACUUCCAUUCUCUGAUCUAGAAGAGGCCAGAGACUGACGAAGAGGAGCUGUCUGGUCACUGCCUCAUUUGUCUUCAGGUCUUUGCUGAGCCCCUGCCCUUUCAUGGCCAAAAAAGCUCUAGAAGUCAAUAGGACCAAGCUGCUACUAAUAUCCUCAGUCCAGUACUUGACAUAGAAUAGCCCAUUUAUUCCUCAACAACCUGGUGAAGGAAGUGGUGUUGGUCCCAUUUUACAGAUUAAUAUGUUGUGGUUCAGAGUUGUGUUUGUUCAACUCUCCCAUUGACUCCAUAGUGCCAGGGCCAGUGGACCCCAUGAAGGUCUCUGGUGCUCAAAACAGUGAACCACACCCUCCUGGGUGGCUUCUGGGAUUAUGGUCCUUUGGCACUAAUCCCCUGGGGUUCUGCUCCCAAAAUUAUCCCAAAAUGCCUCUUUAUGAAUCUUCCUGAUCUCUUGGCAGCCAGGCCCUCUUCAGAGGGUGGUCUUCCGCAGCCCUUUGGCUGCACCACAGCCCCUACCUUCCUUCAGCAGGCAUGUCCUCUAGUCCUGUACAGAACACCCUACUUGCCUUUCUGUACAUCUUGAGAUCUUUCUCAUCAAUCAAUACCCAGCUUGAGCCAAACUGGGAAUCCCUACCACUUGUCCUUGAAUCUCUAGUAUUUAGAUUGCUUGACCCUAAUUUAAGAGAUUUGGAUACACUCUGGCUCCCCUCCUGGCCUAGCUGCUCCUCCCUAGGAGUCCUGUCUUCCCUAUCCAUGGAUGCCACAUUAAAGGUGUAUGGCAAUAUCAGCAUCAGAGCGACCUGCAACUGGAGGGCUGCAGCCCAGCCUCUGUUCCCACCACCCCCACACAACAGUCACCAGCUAAAGUGCCACUUGGUUUGUUGGAGACAAAAGACAAGGCUAAAUAGCCCCUGGGAUGGCAGAAUGAGGCCAGGCAGGCGCCUGACACACCUCCUGGACAGGAAAAUAUUUUUCUUCCUCUUAAUAACAGUGAUUAAGGGGCCUGUGCCUAACACUCUGCAGUCAGGGUCUGGGCUGAACUAUCUGCAGCUCCUAUCACUCUGGGCCCCCACCUUGAGGCUUAGCCCCAAGACCAGGAUCCACCCAUUCACCUUCAUAUGCCCUUUACCCACUCAGUGUACAGGGAGGGGAGGGGCAGCCAGUCCUGCAACCAAAGGGGAGGGGGUUUAUUUCAUUUACAUGCUUUUAGUACCAAAAUAUCAGAGGUUCAGCCCUUUGCCUUCAACUUAGCCUUCCAAUCUGCCCCUUUCAACUGCUCUCUAUUGUACACAGACCCAGCUUGAGUUGGCAAGACCAUCCCAUUGGGCCCUCCCUGGUGGCUCAAGGGGUUAUGAAGCAAUGUGCAGCCUCUGCAGCAUGAGUUCGUUCCCCCCUGGCCAGCCAGGGAGCAACCCACAUGGCGCAGCAGACCUCUCCUGUCUUGCCUGCUGCUGCCCUCAGUAGUGUAUUUCAGUCACUCUGCCUGUUCUGUUCCCCACUCUGUCUCUGGUGAAUCUCUCACCUCCCUGCAUCUCUGGCCUGUACCCCAGCUCUUGUAUGCAUAAAUAAAUAAAUCUUUAAAAAAAGACCAUCCCCACUGCUCAGACACCCAUGUACAAAGAGCUCUAUACCCAGAUGUGCACACAUGAGGACACAUACACAGGUACACAGACACUUCAGGCACACAGGCUUGAAUGCAAAGGUACAUGUACAGUGAUGUGUGACUAGAUACUUAGAGUCAAGCAGACAAUCAAGGGGCCUCGCUGGUGGCCUAGGUUAAGUCUCAGCACUAUUAUCACCACUAUGGUCUGAGUUCGAUCCCCAGGCCAGGGAGCUAACCCAUUUGGCACAGCAGACCUCUCCUGUCUCGCCCACUGCUCCCCUCAGCAGUGUAUUUCAGUAAAUCUGCCUGUUCUGCUCCCUACUUUGUCUCUGGUGAAUCCCCUUACUCCCCCCCCCCCCACAUACCUGUGGCCUACACCUUAAUUCUUCUAUGCAAAUGUUAAAAAAAAAACCCUUCCAAUUAAAAAAAUUAUUACAAAGAAAGCAGACACACAAAUAGCAUGUAUGGUAUGUACAUGUGUACACAGGUACAGUUAUGCAUAAGUAUAUGCAUAUCUAUAUUGAGACAUGAAAUUGCCACAAUUUAUAGGAUUUUUACUUACAAAAAUGGAAUCCAAUACAAAUGUGGGCAUGGAGGAAAAUAUACAAAAACAGAAAGUAAUUUGUACACCCAUAUUCCAGCAGCAUUUACAAUAGUCAAAAAUUAGGAACAACCCAAGUGCCCAACAGUGGGAAAUUGUUUACUGUCCUUUAUUAAAAAGAAAAGAAAUCAGGGCCUCCCCUGGUGGCGCAGGUGAUUGAGCGCAGCGCUGUGAAGCUGUCUGCAGCCUCUGCAGCGCAGGUUCAAUCCUGGCCGGCUGGCGAGGGUCUCACAUGGCUCAGCAGACCUCUCCCGUCUUACCCGCUGCUCCUCUCAGCAGUGUAUUUCGUCAGUCUGCCUGUUCUGUUCCCUGCUCUGUCUCUGGUGAAUCCUUUCACCCUCCCGCGCAUCUGGCCUGUA